CGAUUGGUAACAAGAAUACACCUGAUAGCAUUGACUUUGGCUUGAUGUCAUAGUUAACAUCAUUCUCGGUAAAUGGAGUGACCCAAACUUAACAAUCUAAAAUGUCUAGACGCCCAGCAGGAAUCGCAGCAAUUAAAAAUAAAAAUCUUGCUCAGGUCAGUAAUUUUAAGUACAGUCGGUCAUUGUAUUACUUCUAUAUUCCAUUAUCGUAUAAAUUACAGACGUGAUCGUGGGUUAUCAAUUGACUCAAUGCUGAGGUCGGUUGUUUAGUUACGGUACCUAAUUUUAUUAAUUUUAGUUAAGGCCCUACUACUAGUGGCACUGCGGCACUAGUCACUCUACUAGUGAAGUGGUCCAUCUAGGCAGGCCUAAGUUUCUAAGUCCUGCCCUAGCCUAGAUGAAGAUGUAAGUCAUCGUAAGUCUUAGUCUUAGUUUUGCCAAGUUGGCUUAGGCCUUAGCUUAGCCUCCGCAGGCCUAUUAAAAUUUAAAAAAAAUAGGUAUUGACUUGAUAAAUCAUUUUAAUUAUAAUAUUAAUAUACAAGAUAACUAGAUAGAGCCCGCCCAACAUUGGCUGCGUGAACUUCCCAUCUACUUAAGUUACUUGACAAAACAUGAACUCAAGUAACACACAUUUAAGAAUCCCAAUAUUUGCUAAACCCCUUCCACCAUGAUGAUACGUCACUGCACACCUUUUAAUUUCACGCCCAUGAACUAUAUUAUAUACUGUAUUAAAUAUUCUCAUGUCCCAACCACUUUUAAACCGAGUAAUUUUUACACAAUACUUAAAUUGAGACGAUUUCAUUUCAGAAAAGAAAAUAUUACGCACCAAACGCAAUUGCGUUAUUAAAAAUAUAUCUAUAUCAUUUAAUGUAGUCAUUGUUGGGAAUUAUAUUUUGCGGGCUAGUGAACUCAUUAUUUAACCACACUCUGGCGUAUCUAUAUAUAGCCUGAGUGUUGGUGUUUGACCUUUGCCUUUGCUGGUGAAUUAUAUAUAUAUAGAUGGAUAUUAAUUGAUUAUGCCAUGUCUACUACUUGUAGGUAAUCUCCUCCUAUUUUAGAACAGGGUAAUAUAUUAAAAGCCAUUUAUGAGUCACAUCUGAAAUGGCAUUCUGGUAAAAGAUGUGAAGCAUGACACUUGGCUUCGUAAUAAAAUUCCAAAAAACACCUGAGAGUACCGAUGUCGAUGUCAAAUUCAAAUUUUUGGUUGAUGUGUGAAGAAUCCUCUUAAUAGCGGACCAGGGAAACAUCAUAAGUGCACCAGGGAAACAUCCUGAGUGGAUCAGGGCAGCAUAUAAUGAGCAAAUUAGGGAUUUUGGUACAAGGUUUAAACAAUACAUGGCAGGUUGACAUUAUUUUGAUGUACUGUAACUUAGGUGUACCGUGACACUAUUGUUAAGGUUCAGCUAAGGAUGAAGAAGAAUGUCUCAGUAGCCUAGUUAGAGUUAGUGCUGCUAGGGUUAGACCAAGAUUUUUGUCUCCAUAUAAAGAAAAAAGUUUCAACCGGGGUGGAUCAAACAGGGGCCAACUGCCCCAUCAACAGCCCCCUUCCUAACCAAGUGAAUUUUCUUUUUCUUGGCAGUUGUGGGUCAUCUUUAAGGGUUUAAAUGGUCUGGAGUUGGUCAAACUCAAACCUAAUUUGAUAGGAGGGACUUAACUGGAUAACUAAGAGUUAAGUUGACUUUAUUCCGGUUAACAAAAUGAGAGACAGCGUUAGUGAUUAUAUAUAAUAGAACAGACUCAUUUUGCUUUAUUAGUAAUCUGUUUGUUCAGGUGCUCAAUAUGCCUGAACCAUAUAUUUUAUUAUUUGCAUGUUUUUUGCCUCUAUAAAUCACCAACUAUUAAUGGACAAUGAAAUUGUCAAAAACUUUGAAACAAAAAUUAGACACUUAUAUCAAGCAUUGUCCAACAUCCCUUCACUACACCCUGCCCCAAAUCUAGACAUGUGAUUUCAUUAAUGUAUGCAGGACCAUGCAGUGAAUAAGCUGCACCCGGGACAAGGUCUGAAACUACAACUCCCAGCAUUUAGAAUAUGCCCCCCCUGAUAUUAACACCCUGCCACAUACCACCUUUGCAUGGUCCUCAUGGUUUGCCCGUCAGUUUCUAAGAUGCUAAGAACAUGUGAGACAUAAAUAUUUAAACUAGUCAAAACCCACUGGUUUAGAUAGAAGUAACUAGUACCUAGAUAUAAAGUAGUAAAAAAUAAAUGCUAUAUUUAUUUAAAUCUAGUUACAUCGACUUGGCCAACAAAAAUUGAACGUAUCUUUGAAGAGUUCCCCUGCAAUUCACAAUGGCGCAGUGAAUGACAAAAGAUGCAAGACAUUUACUUUUCUUUAUCUCGUGCAAUUUGAUUAAUUGUUUUUGUAUUGUAUAGUUUUAAAUCUUUUUAAUAAUGAAAUAUGUUGAUUAUUUAUAAAAGAGUCGACCAUGAAACAAAAAUAAUGCCGUUUCAUUUGCAUUGAAUUUAAUGGGUUAAAAUGGGAGAUUACACUAAUAAUGUUCAUUGUGUUUCUGAGGUGAAAGCCUCCUGGUAGCCUCCUACUACUUUUCAUGUUUUUUUAGAGAGCUCUUUUUUAAUAAACCAUACCCAAAAGUAUGACCCAGAGGGACACACCAGAAUAAAACAUCCCUUGAAAAUAGAACUCAAGACUUAUUGCCAAUUAAAAUUACUGACUAAUGUGUUGCAGUGGCACUAUGAGAAGGAUAUCUUGAAGAAUUGUCUUGAUUGUAGUUGUAGAUGAGUGUAAAUGUAGAUUUUUAUGCACGAAUAAAGCUAGAUUGUUGUACGGGAAGAAAAAAGCACAUCCCUGUGUUUUUUUUUUUUUGGUGUUAUUUCUGAGAAACUUAGACAGGGCGCUGGCUUAACAAAAUUUCAACACUUGAAUUUACGAAAAUAAAGAUGAACCAUUGUUUGAAAUUGGAACCCUGGUAAAUGAGUAAACAAUAUUUAUUUACAUUUUUAAUGAACAAUUGAUUAAAAUACAAUAUGGAGAUGAUUGGGCAUCUAAUUUAUAUUAGUUUUAAAUCUUGAUACCCCUUCAUAGAAAAUGCAAUUUCAUUUUAAAAAAUUAUUUUUCUGUAUCAGGCAAAAUAUAAAGAUAAAGGUACAGAACUUGCAGAAACUCAGUUUGCUCAGGUAAUACAUGUUUUUGAUGUGUUUGUUACAGCCAUUGUUAAAAAAACGAAAAGCACUUACCUUAAAAUUAGGAAAGGAUUGUUUAUGAAAACAUGAAAAAAUAUCCAAGAAUCUAUCAUUUUAUGUGAAUAGUUUUGUUAAGUUUAUAACUCACCCAAAAUAAACUUGUACGAAUAAAACUUAGUUAACAUUAAUAGAAUUAUUUAAAACUGUUGAAUUUCAUCCUCAGACGUUGAGCUCUAAAAUAAAGCCUCAAAUCUAUUGAUGUUGAUAAUAUUUUCUGGUGAAUUUUUUCAGAUGGGGAAACAAAUGGAAAUGUUCAAGAGCAAUCUUGAAGACUUCGCUGCUAAACAUAGAGAUGACAUUCGCAAAGAUCCAGAGUUCAGGCUGCAGUUUCAAGAAAUGUGUGCUUCUAUUGGAGUUGACCCAUUAGCAUGUAAUCAUUGUUUUUAACAAUGAUUCUGUAUUUUACCAUCCCGUUGUUUUUAACAUAAAAGUUUCUUUGCCAGAUAAUUUUUAUUACAAACAUUUCUCUCUCUUCAAAUACAACAUAGCUGUAUAAUUCCAAAUCUCUAUUUUUUUUAAGCAAACCUGUGGUCUAGGAGCAAAUUUUUUUAAUUUUAUUUUUUCAAGCAUUUUUAGCUAUUCCCUUUAUUGUGAAUUUUUUUAUUUAUUUUCCAAAACAGCUAGCAAAGGUUUCUGGGCGGAAAUGCUUGGAGUUGGAGAUUUUUAUUAUGAAUUAGGCAUUCAGAUUGUAGAAGUCUGCAUGGCAACAAGCAAACGAAAUGGCGGUGGGUGCAUCUAAGCAUAAAAUCUUUUUAUUUGAUUAACAUUGUAAUACUUCGAUAAUGAAUUUAAAGGUUUCAAAAUUGUAUGUAAAGCAUCCAAAAGUAUAGACAGAUUUGAUUAAUUACCAACUGCUUAGUUUCCUUAUAAGUUGAUAGAUAUUAUUACAGAAAUAAAAUGCAGUUGCUUACAUUGUUUGUUUGUUUUUUGCAGGCUUAAUUGGUAUAGAAGAUUUGAGACGUAAAGUUGAGGCCUCCAGGGGGAGAAAUUCACAACCAAUAAGCAUGUAAGUUCUUUUCUGUAUCUAUUUCCCUUGAAAAAAAAAGAACUGGAUAGAUUCUGAUAAAUACAAAUUCAUGCUCUGUAUUUCUAAAUUGUGCAACCAAUUCAAAAAAUUUAUCAUAGAAACGAGACUCAAAAUUAUUCAGGUCUUUUUUUUUUAAAAACAUUAGGCUUCCAAUCAAUAUUCUUGUUUAUCCACUGUUAAAAUAUAUUUUUUUCUUUUUAACAUCCUUGCGUAUCCACAGUUUAAAUAAGAAUGCAUAUACAGUAUAGAAAUAUGGUAUGUUUAAUGAUUUUCUUAGAAACUGAAAAAUCUUGGUCUUUGUAAAAAUUAACAUUACUAGAUCUUACUUGUCAAACUUAACAGUGAAUUUCAUAAUUGCAUAUUCUAUUUAUAUGUUGUUUUUAAGUACUGUAAUUAGACGUUAUAUGAGUGCAAUGUAUGUGGCUUAUUACAGGGAUGACUUACUUCGAUCUAUAAAAAAGUUGAAGAUACUUGGCAAUGGAUUUACAGUUCACAAAGUGGGGGGAAGUUACCUUGUACAGUCAGUGCCAGGGGAACUAACCUUGGAUCACACAGUAGUUUUACAACAAGCACAGGUAACUGGUGGAUUUAUUGACAUAAACAGAAAGCUGUACAUUCUCACCCAGCAAUUAUAACUGGAAAACUUUACCUUAAAUACUCAGUUAACUGUCUACUUAUCAAAAAUGUAUUAGUAACAUUAUUUUUUUUGCAUAUUGUUUUAUUUCCUCUUUGUACUGACUGAUAUUUUUUAUGCUACAAAAAAAGUGGAGUGGGGGGGGGGGGGGUUGUUAAGACAAGCUAGCUCACUUUGUGUGACCAAGAGGGAGAGAUGGGAAAGUAGCUUUAAAAGUAUGUGUGUGUACUUCUGAGACAAAAAGCAAGCAAACCGUGUCUCAUUUUAUAUUCCUAUUUGUCAUAGUCUCUUUGAACACUAUCAAACAAGUUUCGAUGUUUUUGUAAAGGAAACAAAAUUCAGGUUGCAGCUGCGGAAUCAAAUUCCAUGGGAAGAGCUGUUAUCUUUUAACUAAACAUUCUAAAAUAGUUAUUGUCAAUAUAUCACAAAAACAGUUCAGUCAAAAGUUUUUUUUAAUGUUGUUUUCAAAUUAGGAGCAGUCUAGAAGUUUUUUGUCCCAAUCCAUAUGUAAAUAAAUAUUAAUUUUGCUUGUAUGCAUUUGUUUUAACCCAUCCACACAAGUGCUCCAAAUAUAGAUCCUAAAAGAAUUGCCUUUGUUUUCUCUUAAUAAGUUCUGGAAUAACAUCAGUUUACAAACAAAACUUAAUAACUUAAUAGCAGUUUAAAGUGUUAUUAUACCCUUUUGAUUAUUGGGUUACUCAAAUCAGUAUAUCACACUCUCCAUAUACCCUUUGAAAAGAUGAUCAGGUUACUUAAAACAAUAUAUCAGACUCUCCAAACAUCAUUUUAAGUUUAUGGCAUUCUAUUGUCUCCUGUAUGUCAAGGAAACUCAUAAAGGUAUGCUAUAUAAACUCCCAAAUUCCUACCUGAGCACUUAAAAACAUUUCAUGUCUCCCCCCUCCUGUCUAACGUUGCCUCAACCCCCCCCCCCCUCCCCCCGUCCCCUUUUUAAAAAACAAAAUGUAAAUACAAUAUAUAAACUCCCAAAUUCCUACCUGAGCACUUAAAAACCUUUCAUGUCUCCCCCCUCCUGUCUAACGUUGCCUCAACCCCCCCCCCCUCCCCCCGUCCCCUUUUUAAAAAACAAAAUGUAAAUACAUUUCCUUCAAAGACUUAACAACCCGUUAAAUUGCCCCAGACCCUGGUGGGCUUAUGCCCCAUUUUUGGAAACAUUGAUGUAAAAGAAACUUAAUGUCAUUCAUUUCAGGAGAAUGGCCAUGUGACACAAUCAAGUCUUAUACAGAUGUUAGGCUGGGAAGAAGAAAGAGCAAAACGAUCUUUGGUAAAUUUCAUGUUCUUUAUUGUUUUAGCUCAGGUUUUUUCCCCUCAAGGUGCAUACAGAUUUUGAAAUGUUUUCAAGUUGAAUAUUGAUCUGUUCAAAAUAAUUAAGUGAUGGAAAGUUUGUUACCAACUCUAUCUUUAGUUUUAUUGAUAAUUACCUUUUUAUUUUAUUUCACAGGACUUUAUGGUAAAGGAGGGCCUAGCAUGGGUUGAUGACCAAAGUGGCAUAGAGCUUUCAUAUUGGUUCCCUAGUCUCAUACCAGAUUUUUCUAACUCUUCAAGCUGAUCAUAAAAUCAAAUAGUUUUUUGUUUUUCUUUUUUUACCAAUACUUUUUAGUCAGUUUAUUCAUUUUCUCACAUGUCAGAGAUCCAAAAUAAUGAUCUUGUUUGUGAAUAUGUUAAGUGUUUAUUAUGUAGGAUUUAAUGCAUGUUUAUUUAAUUGAAUACACAACAGCAAUUCUUUUUUUUCUUUUUAUUUUACAUGAACAUUUGAAUUGAAUGGAAUAGCUGAUACUAAUAAGUCUGCUGUUUUUUUUCGCAUGAAAUAGAAGAGAAGUUCCAUUUUAAAAUACAAUUUCAGAAUAUUACACCCCCCUUGGCUAAAAUAUUAAAUGGUAAUAUACUUCUAAACAUUUUAUUUUCUGUAAAUGUUUUAGAAUACUUCAUUUAAUUCCCUUUUGGCUACUGAAAAGAAAUUUGCUUCUUUAUUUCGAUUUUUAAGACACCAAACAAUGUAAUUCUUCUGUCUACUGUUACCAAGGAGGCCUCGCCACGUGUACAUACCUGUAAAUAUAAUUUAUGAAAUUAAUGAGCGCAGGCUAUAUAGAAACGUCCAUAUUAGAGUUGGACUCUAAUAACAGAGUCAGCAAUCUGUUCACAAAGCAAGAAAAAGUAAUGGUGUUUAAGUAGCUGGCUAUGAGCUUACUACAUCUAUGACAAAUUUAAUACAUAGCCAACCCUUACAAUCACUUUGUAAUUUGUCCAUGAUUUUCAACUCAAUGUUAUUAUAUGUUAAGUCUCAUUAUUCUGUGUAAUAAAAUACAAUUUUAAAAG